AUGCCUUCAAAGCGCAAUAGAGUGCAAGGUGGCAAUACCAAGGGCCAAGCGUCUGCUGUGCCACAGGGAGAUUCUCAGAGGAGAGCGAGGUCGGACCUUGAGGGUGACACAGAUCAGCCCGCUGCGACUCUCAUAAGAGUGGAGGAAGCGCAACUACGGUGGACCAUGUGCAGCACCGUGAGCGACAUCCUGCUGGACGGAGAGACCGACAUUUCCGAUAUGAAGCUGAAUGAUUUUCUUCGGGAGUAUUUUGGCUCCAGGGCGGCCGUUAGAAAAAGGAAAGUGGAUAUGUGGGACUUUUUGGAGAGUCCCGAUGCCUACAUAAAAGACCAGCAGCUGCUUGAAGAAAUUUCUAAUUUAAAGGAUUAUCAGCUUUUAACAGAUAGGCGCAAGCUUACGGAAGGGGGUGUGCACUAUCUUGAAAACUGGAUUGAAUUUAAAGAGAAGGAUACUGUCACUCCUCUUACAAGGAAAAAAAUUACCGAUGCCCUCACUCAGAUACAGAAAGAAGUAGCAAGGUGGGAGGCAGAAGAAAGGACGAAGCGGAGGGCAGAAGAAGAUGUGAUGCAGGAUACUGAAGAAAAGACAACCAAGCUGGAGGGAUUCUACGAGUCUGUGUACGGUGCGAAGUGGGGCCAUGUCUUGGGGUUUUAUGACAAUAAGAUUUGUGAGGACCGAAUGGAGAUACAUGAGGGAAAACCACCGCAGUCAUGGACGUACGAGAAGAAAGGUCUAACUUUCGAAAAGGAUGACGGUGUGGAGCAAUUCAGCCCGCCACGUCCCAGGCUGAUGGUGCUCACCUCGGAGAAGGGAUGGCCGUACUCGUGGAGGGAGAAUAAACCCAUUGUUGACUGUUAUGUGAACUGUGAGGUGGAUCGAGUGUGGCAGAUUGUCAAGGAAGAUCUAGAAGAAUUGUCUGGCCCUUACGGUGGGUACCGCCCCUCGCUUAGGCACCGUCUCUUGAUUGGAACGCCCGGGAUUGGGAAGUCGAUGAAUGCCGGUUCGUACCUUCUCUACCAGCUGCUGCACUGCGAUGCCGAGAAAAUCAAAGUGGUAGUCCACUGUUUUGGAGAGGGUGAGGCCUACGUCUUUGACAAAACCGCCAAGAUGGUGACAAAAUACGUGGGUAGUAAAGCAUCCAGGAGUGUUUUUUCGAGUUUUCCGCAGUGUGGGAUGAAAGGGUAUAUAAUCUACGAUGCGCCAACGAAU